AGAGUGUUUUGAUCAUAAACUCCGCAGUCUCCCACUGAGUUUGUGUGUUGUAGGCAAUAAUUGGGUUUCAUGAUACUCACGGAGGAGCCACAUAGUGCGACAGUGUGUGGGGCCCCACUUGCGUUCUCUUUGGAUGGGGGGAUUUGUAUGAUUUUGUGGUGUUGAGAUUGGGUAUAGUUGGUAUUAUACCGAAAAGGUGAUUCUAAUUAAUUACGUAGAACAAAUAUCACAUUCCAUUGAGUGCCGUGUAAUUGAUUUCAUGUGGACACCCUCAGUAGUGUGUGGAUGGAGACUGUGGUGUGGUCGUUAAAAGAAAGAACAUCCUAUUAAUAUGUUGCGGGUUUAUUUGUGGACCAACACACUUUCACGCUCACUUGGCUUCACUCUGUACACAAUGUUAUCGGCAAUUAUGCUGUCAGUGUUAUCAAUUAUCGCGUGCAUAGCUGCGGUGUAUAUGUAUGUGACUAGGUGGGCGUUCAAGUAUUGGGAGCGACAGGGUGUUCCGACAGUUGCACCUUUCCCCUGGGAAAUGUACAAACUGCAAAGGCAAGCAAGAGGAUGCAUUCUGCUGUUCUCUUCGGUAGCUUCUAUGAGCAGCUGAAGGGAUACGAUGUGCCUUUCGGUGGCAUUUAUCUCUUGACACGUCCCAUGGCUGUAGCCCUAAAGCUGGACUUUGUCAGGGAUGUACUCACACGUGACUUUCAACAUUUCUCCGACCGUGGCAUAUUCUACAAUGAGCAAGAUGAUCCACUUAGUGCCAAUUUGUUCACACUCACAUGGGAAAAGUGGAGUGCACUUCGGGCAAAGCUUACACCCACAUUCAGUAGUGGUCGCAUGAAAGAAAUGGCUCUGCUCGUUGUGGGGGUUGCGCAUGAGAUGCAAAUCUGCCUCCGAGAGGCACUCACCUUGAGCCCCAUGGUGGAAAUAAAGGAUUUAAUGGCGAGAUUUACAAUAGAUGUCAUCGGAGAGUGUGCCUUUGGUAUCCAAUGUAGUACCCUGAGGGAUCCACGGAGUGAAUUUCGUGAAAUGGGCAAAAGGAUUUUCCAAUCGAAUUCACGGUCGAGGAUACAGCAGCUGCUCAUGACGGCUUUUCCAUCGAUUGCAAAAUUUCUCCGCAUGAGCCCUUUCGACAAGGAAGUCACAUCAUUCUUCCGAGCUGUCGUCGAGGAGACAAUGCGACAGCGAGACCUCGAAGGUCCCGGUCAGAGGCAUGAUUUUAUGGAUUUACUUAUAAAACUAAGGGAUGGAGAUGCAAAAUUGACGACAAAUGAAAUUUGUGCCCAAGCAUUCGUCUUCUUUCUGGCCGGUUUUGAAGCAUCAUCCAACACAUUGACCUUCUGCCUGUAUGAAUUGGCACUCAACGAGGAUGUUCAGCACAGACUGAGGGAAGAAAUUCAGGCAAUUUCCUCGAAAUAUGAUAAUCAAAUAACGUAUGAAGCCCUAUCGGAAAUGAAAUAUCUCGACAGGGUUAUAAAUGAAACUCUGCGGAAGUAUCCGCCACUUGGAACACUCUUCCGGCGAGUCACGGAGACUUACGCAAGCCCUGGAGGGGCUAAACUCAUGAAGGAUAUGAAUCUGAUUAUUCCAAUUUAUGCAAUCCACCACGAUCCGGAUAUUUAUGUUGAGCCCCAAAAGUUCAAUCCAGAUCGCUUUGGGCCCGAAGAGGUACACACAAGGCAUCGAUGUGCUUUCCUACCCUUCGGGGAUGGUCCACGAAAUUGUAUUGGACUGCGAUUUGGGUUGUUGCAGACCAAAAUCGGAUUAGCUGCUCUAUUGGGGCGAUUUGUGUUCAAACCAACAUCAACAACACCAAGGUCAAUCCCAUUCUCACGAAAAUCCUUCACUCUCACGCCCGAUGGUGGACUGUGGUUAAAUGCUGUGGAAUUAGUUUAAUGGAAUAAGCAUUAAAGUAUCAAGGGAGGAGAUUUUUUUUCUGUAUUGUAUGGCUUUGUACUAUAAAAGCUAACAUGGUGUGGCCCCAUGUAGUGGGGAGAAAUUU